AUGUUGCACAAAAUCGUGGUCAAUACAUACAAUUUGUGGGUGGUCGUGUUCGUCGCCCUCGGUACCAUUUCAACUGCCUAUGGCCUCGCCAUUAUCGGCUCGACGGUUGGUCAGCCCAAUUUCUACACCUACUUUGGCCUCGCGACUGCAGGAGAGCCCGGGUAUGACCACACAACCAACAUGAUUGGCGCCUUGAAUGGCGUGAACUCGGCGGGAGCAAUCGCAGGAUGUAUCUUCCAAGCCUGGUCUGCCGACUCGUACGGACGCAAGCGGACCAUGCAAAUAGGUUGUGUUGUCCUCAUCAUCGGUGGAGCUCUCUGUGCCGGUGCCUAUGACAUGGCCAUGUUCCUUGUCGGGAGAUUCGUGGCCGGGUUGGGUGCUGGAAUUCUCGCCUGUGUGGUUCCUAUCUACCAAGCCGAGGUCUCGACCCCAGAGACUCGUGGAGCCAUGGUCUGCGUCACAGGCAUCAUGUACGCUCUGGGCUACAGUUCUGCAGGAUGGCUGGGUUACGCCUGUUUCUUCAUGAAGGCUCAUGAUCCCGCCGCCCAAUUUGCUUGGCGCUUUCCCCUGGCUUUCCAGGUCGUCUUUCCCAUCAUCCUCCUGGCUGGGAGCGAGAUGGUUCCGUACAGUCCACGUUGGCUGCUUUCCAAAGGCCGGCGACAAGAAGCAUUGGAUGUGGUCAAGAGACUACAUAAAACACCCGCCGACACCAAGGACGUGAAAGCCAGACAGGAAUUCUGGCUGAUGGAGAAGCAAUAUGAGAUGGAUGCCAGUUUGGUCGUGCGUCGCUUCGAGCUCUUCCGCACCCCAGCCAAUCGCAAACGAGCUCUCAUGGCAUGUGUUCUCAUGUUUGGAGAUUCGUGCUUAGGAAUUUAUGUGAUGACGAAUUACGGAGUCUUGAUAUACGCGAGUUUAGGCCUCGAUGGGUCGACUCCUCUACUACUCAAUGCCUGCUGGACGACCUUGACCAUCUUUGGGAACAUUUGGACGGCACUUUACAUCGACCGCUUUGGCCGACGGAAGUUCAUGCUCAUUGGAGCAUGCGGCUGUGUCCUGGCAUUGGUGUUGCUCUGCGCCUUGACGGCUUCAUUCCUCAACACCGACAACACGGCGGGGCUCAAAGCGGCCGUCUUCAUGGUCUGGCUGUACAUCGUGUUUUGGUGUUUCUUCGUCGACGCCACGCAGUACGUCUACGUCUCGGAGAUCUUUCCCAACCACCUACGCCCGCACGGCGUCGCGCUGGGUCUGUCUGCGUUCUACCUCGCCAGCGAAGUCACCCUGGUCGCGGCCCCCGUGGCUCUGAACAAGAUUGGCUGGAAGUUCUACUUGGUCCUGAUCAUCCCCAGCGCCGUCUACAUCGUCAUCAUGUACUUGACCUUCCCCGAGACCAAGGGCCGUACGCUCGAGGAGAUCGGCGACGUCUUUGGCGACACCCAGCACGUCGCAAGCCAUUGGUACACCGCCAACCCGGAGGAGAAGGAGAAGAUUGCCCAACAAGCUCUCCGGGAGACCGAAGGUGGCUUGGUCCACGAGAAGGGCGACCGACCCUCCGUCCAUGAGCUGGAGAAUGCCACAGCGGAACAAGGCGAUGUCGUUCAAACCCAUGAGGUGGCAAAGGCGUAA